AUGGCUCCGUACACUACCCGUAAACCCACAACCAAGAAGGUCCCGGACCCUCAAUACAUUUUACCGAGCGGAGACUAUACGGCAACCCAGCAGCAGACUAGCUUCUCGGACCAAACCCACCCCUUCAUCCUACGAUGCCGGAGACCCCAUGACUACGAGGGCUGGACCCCAGACCCUAUGACUAUGGAUGACCGCAUGGAUGUUGAUCCUGUCGUUCCAGAAGCAAAGCAACGCUACAACUUCAACAUCCUCGGGGCUGCCAAGAGCGGCGCACAGCCCUUCGGCUCUAACUCGUUUGGAACCGCUGCCGCCGGGGACGUGGCUGGAGUCGCCGCGCCCGCGCCCGUGCCCAUGGAGAUCGACAGCGUGCAAGCCCCCACGGGCUCAGGGGACCCCACGGGCUCAAGGAAGAGAAGGGACAAGAAGACGGGCCGAGACUGGUCUCUGAAGGCUUGGAGACGCCGCAGAGACGAGUACGAAGCCAAGACCCUGCGAAAGAAAGCCAUGGAGUUGCUGGCUGUCAAUAAGGUCAGAUUUUCUGGCCGGCAGCUCACCCCUGCGGACGUCGCCGAGAAGCUGGCCUUUCUGUCGCAGAUCAACUUCAGCAACAACAUGGCCGAGAACAGCAGCAACGUGCUGACACUGUCGCAGGAGUGCAAGGUCCGCAAGGUCGCCUACACCGUCCGCAGGGGCGACGCCUCGGACUCGAUCGAGGCCAUCUAUAACUAACUAUUUAGAGCCUCCGAGCAAAAGGUAAGUCAAAGGACAGGUAAGAGUGCUACG